AUGUUGCAGUCCAGCAGAACGUACGUCGCCGUGGAUCUGGUGGAAAUAUUCCAUUUUGAAGAUGCCUUCUCCAUAUUGAAACUGGCAGAAAGAGAUGACAGCGUUGAGGUCCGGGUCAAGAUCAGAAAUGUUCAGGUGGAUAACCGCAUCCAGUACUUUUGCUUGGUCUUUCCUGUUCCUGACGACCGACGUUUGGCAUUCGCUCAAGCCAUGGUGAAUGUAUAUGCCAACCUGAUGAUGGAUGGUUGA